CAAUCUGCAUUCUCAGCUGCUAGAACGAGCAGCAUGAUGGGAGGGCUUCAGAAAGCCGUUACAUUCGACAAGGUCUUGGUUAAUAUUGGGAAUGACUUCAACUCCGGCACGGGAAGGUUUUCCUGCAGAAUCCCCGGGGCGUAUUAUUUUGCCUUCACGGUUGGAAAAUAUCCAAGGAAGAUGCUGUCAGUUAUGUUAAUGAAAACCGGGCAUGAGGUUCAGGCAAUAGCAUAUGAUGAGCAUCGGCAGAAGAAUCGGAAAGUGCAGAGCCAAAGCAUUAUGCUGCAAUUGAAAGCAGCCGAUACGGUCUGGCUUCAUUUGCACGGGAGCUCAAAAUAUGCCCUGUAUAGCAAUAUGGGUCCAUAUACAACCUUUACUGGGUACUUGAUAUAUCCAGAAAUACCUCCCAACUGGCUGCCUAACAGUCUGCAUUCAAGCUGGCAUGCCUCUGAUUGUACCUAUUCCACCACUAAAUCAAAAGUCAACAGGUCAUCACCCAACUGUGUGACACCACCUCAUUCAACCGAUGAUCUUCGUUCAGCCUUUUCUGUAGCCCGAACUAAGUCGCUUAUUGGGGAGAACGCGAGAGAUCUUGAACACAAAGCAAUGACAUUUGACAUUGAAUACAUCAACAUUGGCAACCGUUUUAAUAAGUCAACGGGUUUUUUCACCUGCCGAAUCCCAGGGGCCUACUAUUUUUCAUUCAAUGUAGGAAAAUAUCCAUUUAGAGCCAUUUCUGUUAAGUUAAUGAAGAACCACAGUGAGGUUCAGGCUAUGAUUUUUGACGAAGACGACUCUCGCCAGAGGGAGAUGCAAAGCCAAAGUCUAAUGUUAUCUCUUAAAGAGGGAGACACAGUGUGGUUGUACAGCCAGCAGCAUGAGCGCUUUGCUCUGUACAGCAACAAUGGCAAGUACAUUACAUUUACAGGGUUCCUCAUCUAUCUUGAUGCUAACUUUCUAAACGAUUACAGAUCUUUGUCAGGCAGACAAUGUUAA